AUGGAGUUUUCAAAACGUUACUGUUUAUUCUCUGUCCUUUUGUUUGUAUAUGUUCAACACUUCGCCGCCGUGAAUUCCAUCGGAGUUAAUUACGGCACCCUUGGAAACAACCUUCCACCGCCGGCUCAAGUUGCACAGUUUCUCAAGGAGAAAACCACCAUCGACAGAAUCAAGCUCUUUGACGUGAACCCAGAUAUUCUCCGGGCAUUUGCCGGCACCGGAAUCUUCGUGGCCGUCACUGUUCCGAACGGAGAAAUCCCAAACCUCGUUGACAUCAGGUAUGCUCGUAGGUGGGUGGGUAGCAACAUUAAACCAUUCUACCCACAAACUAAAAUCAACUACAUUCUUGUGGGGAAUGAAGUACUCCAUUGGGGACCUCAAAAUUUUAUCGAUAAUCUAGUUGCCGCCAUGAGAAGUCUUCACUCAGCACUCAUCCAAUCUGGGAUUAAAGGUGUUAAUGUUACAACGGCUCACGCUUUGAGUAUUCUUGAAUCUUCCGAUCCGCCGAGUUUGGCCAAGUUCCGGCCAGGUUGGGAUAUUGGAGAUCUAGCCCCUACCCUGCAAUUUUUACGUGAAACAAGGUCUCCAUUCAUGGUGAAUCCAUAUCCAUAUUUCGGAUACAGCCCAGAACAGGCAAAUUUUGCACUCUUCAAACCGAACCGAGGUAUGCGCGAUAGAUAUACAAAAAGAACAUACACAAACAUGUUCGAUCAGUUGAUCGAUGCAGUCUACAUUUCCAUGAAGAAAUUGGGCUAUGGCGAUGUGGAUAUUGCUGUAGGGGAGACUGGUUGGGCUUCUGCUGGGGACAGUUUUGAACCGAAAUGUACUAUUCCAAAUGCAGCUUCUUACAAUGGGGGUUUGGUGAAGAAGUAUAAUCAAGGAAUUGGGACGCCAUUGUUGCCCGGAAGGAAGUUUGAAACUUAUAUUUUUGCACUCUUUAAUGAAAAUCUGAAGUCUGGUGUUACAUCUGAGAGGAAUUUCGGUUUGUUCCAUCCAGAUUUUACACCUGUUUAUGAUAUUGGUAUCAUGCGAGGAACCACAGGCGUGCCUGAUCAGCCCGGCCCAAAGCCCACCCCAUCGGUUUCAACACCACCAACAAAGGGCAACCAAAAAUGGUGCGUGCCGAAGGCUGAGGCCACCGAUGAACAACUACAGUCCAAUAUAGACUUUGUGUGCAGCCAAGGUAUGGAUUGCGGGCCGAUUCAACCCAAGGGUGAUUGUUUCAACCCUAACACGAAACGGGCUCACGCAUCUUAUGUCAUGAAUUCUUGGUACCAAAGCAAGGGUCGUAAUGAUUUCGACUGUAAUUUUUCGGGCACCGGCACCAUCACCACUUCUGACCCAAGUCAUGGGCCAUGCUCGUUCCUUUCUUGA